AUGACUGACCACAGUGAUGUUAACGACAGGAAUAGCUGGUCAUAUCCAGAUUUACAAUCACAACUAUCUGAACAACCGAGGACAUUUGUCUAUCAAACACAACCAUUUACGAUAAGCGAACAGUUAGCAGAGAAAAAGAAGAAAGAAAAGAAAUGUCAUGGUAAUCGAAAGCUGCAACACUUCAAGCGCAAGUGUCGAGCCCGUGGUUUAACUGAAGAGCAAAUUCAGGGUUUAAUUCAAACGAAACAUCACACAAUAUCUGAACCAUCUAUAAGUGUUCAACUAGCUACGAGCCGUCCAAAUCAGUCAAAUAAACGGAAGAGAGACUUAUCUAAACAAAAUCUUGUCUACAAUUCAAUGAAAUCACUCAGUCAAUUAUCAUUAUCAAAGAGGAAGAAGGCGAGAUAUAAUAGUAGGNUUUGCGCAACAUUUUACAUCGAUUGGUUAGUUGAAAAUAGUUAG